AUGGCCCCCGUUGCAAAGAAGCGGCGCCGUGGGCAUGUUGGCGUGAGGUUCUACGACGGUGAUGAUGACGAUGACGAGGCUCCCAGACGUCGAACACUAGGGACCCUCCAUCAGCACACAUCGUUCGCAACCACCACAACAGGGAUAUCCACUCGAACAUCCCGCAUCCCUGUGGCAGAUCCCACCACGGCGGGCACGAACCCUGUACCUUCGGUCUCUGCCCAUCAGACCAACACGGCCCUUGACGAUGUUCCUGUGCCAGGCCCGGUCGUCGAUCCAGACUGGGAGAGGGAACUCGGCGAAGACGACGCACUUGGCACGCUGUCUCCUGAUUCUUUCGUAGAUAUUGGCGAGUAUCUAGAGGCAACCAAAACCCGAAAACGCACAGCUAGCGACCAUCCUCUCCUUGAAUGGUCUAGGAACUGCGUCGAUGAGUGGCUUGCUGAGCUCGUUCGUCACGAGGGACGUGGCAACUUUGCGUAUGACACUUGUGCUGGAUGCGAGGCAGGGGAGCCGCAACUCUUUCGCUGCGACGACUGUUGGGACCCACGGUUCUACUGCCAAGAUUGCACCCUUACUCGACAUCGUUGCAACCCGUUCCAUCGACUCAAGAUGUGGGAUGAGACACGACUCCGUAGAAUCACUCUAAAACAGCUGGGAUUGCGGAUCCAGCUAGGUCAUGCAGUCGGCGACCUAUGUGCAAACCCGCAGAGAGCGUUCGGCGAUGACUUCGUCGUCCUGGAUGUUUCUGGAAUCCAUGAAGUGGCCCUCGACUACUGUGGUUGCGAGGGUGAAGAAACGAAGCCCAUUCAGCUGCUCCGUUCGAGACUACUGCCGGCUACGAGCGUCGAUCCGAAGACGGCGGCGACAUUUCGUCUCAUGGAGCACUACCACGUCUUGCACAACCAGACGAAGGCGUCCGGUUUCGAGUUCUACAACACACUCUUGCGGUUGACGGACAAUACAGGGACACUGGACCAGAAGGGACGAUAUGGGAGUCUCAUGCGCAUGGCGCGCAUGUGGAUUCAUCUCAAAAUGCUCAAACGAUUCGGCCGUGGGCACGAUCCAAGUGGUGCCAGAGCUACCGAACCUGGCGCCUGUGCAGUCGCCUGUCCUGCCUGCCCACAUCCCGGAAUCAAUCUUCCGUCAGACUGGGAAGAUGCGCCGCCAGAGAAAAGCUGGCUGUAUCACCUCUUCGUCGGGAUAGAUGCCAACUUCCGCCUCAAGCGCAAGGACGUGUCUACGGACGCCGUCGAUCCCGGACUUAACAGAGGGUAUGCAUACUUUGUCGAGGAGAAGGCAUACAAAGUGUUUUUGGACGUACACGACAAGCACGAGAAGAUCGAGAAGAGUUCGUGCAACAGUCACGACGCCGUCAAGCUAGCGAAUAUGAGAGGCAGCCAGGGCACUGCUGCUAGCGGCGUCGCGACGAUCGAAUGCGUCCGUCAUGACAUGAAGCGACCGUGUUCCGUAGGAGACCUUCAAAAGGGAGAGCGGUACGUGAACAUGGAUUAUCUGUUUGCGAGCAGCUUGCGUAAGCACUCCACGACGCGCGUAGUUGUCUCAUACGACAUCGCCUGUCAAUGGAGUUACGAAUUUGAAUGGAACUUUGAGCAACAAACGAUCACUUUCCUCAUCCCGAAAUUUCACCUUCCGGCUCACCAAGAAAGCUGUCACACGAAGUACUCAUACAAUUUUAUCAAGCACGUUGGCCGUACAGAUGGAGAAGCCGUGGAGCGCGGUUGGGCUGCUGUCAACGGAUUCUCGGGUAGCACGAAGGAGAUGGGGCCAGGAUCGCGUCGGGACGUCCUCGAUGACGCGUUCAGUGACUACAACUGGCGCAAAGUCAUUCAGUUACGUUGCAUUGACUCGGCUGUAGCCAAAACAUUGCUCAUCAGGGUCAAGAACGCAGUCGAUGAGCGCAGCAAACAUGUAGCCGAGUUCCAGGACUUGACUCAGGUCACGAACUCUGUGCAUGUAGCUGAGUGGACGCAGCAAGUGGAGGCUUGGGAGAAUGGAGCCGAUUACAAUCCGUUCGUGGGCACUCGGCACCCUGUGACGCUUGCGUCUAUCCGCCGCACGCUCGCCGAAGAGGAAUCAACUGCCAUCAACGACGGAACAUUCACAAUGCUCCAUGACACGGUGUCGCCAAGUGUUCUCAUCAUUGCAGGCCUGGAAAUCGAAGACCUUCAGCGUCGCCUUCGCAAAGAUGCUGCAUCUAUCGGCAACAGUGGUACGGAUUCGCAGCACGCAGACAUUGUCCGCCGUCGCAACAACUUACAGCUUAGGAUCAAAGCCUGGCGAGAGUUCCAAGAUCUCUACAUGCCCGGCAUCAUCCAGCUACGAACCCUGAACACGUCUGUGAGGACAGUUCAUCCUGAGAAUUUCCUUCUCUUCCUUCCGUCCGCCGUCGUCAAUGUGGCUUCGGUUCCACCUUACCCCGCCCUCAAUGACAUCGAACGGCGUCUUCGUCACGCACAGGCUACUGACACUCUGGAGCAGCUGAAGCAACAUCUCCGUGCUCGUUCAAAACUCUACGGCGUGAAGGACCGGGACGUCCGCGGCCAGCGAUAUAACACUCGCUCUCGUACAUAUAUCAAAACUGUCGAUGCGCGCAUCGACGCCGACCCACUCGAUACCUUCCUGCGUCCUUUGAACGACAGCGACGUCCGCGGAAUGCAAGACAGUCUUGAAGAAGAAUCUGAGGGCAGACGAACCCUGUCUUGGAUCUGGCGCACCAUUUUUCAAGCCGUGCGCAUCGAGUGGUGCAAAUCGCGUGCGCGCGCCCAUCGGUGGAGUGAAGAGUGCGAUCUUCUCGAGGAAGAGAUGCGGCGGGUUAUGGCCUUUUUCGAGUGGGAGAGUCAGUUGUGGUCUCGACGUGCCGAGAAUGCGGCCUGGACAGAUGAGGCAAGCACCCACUCUCUCGCAUUCGCUACCAGCCAUGAGCAUACUGAAGGGUGUAUCGCAUAUGCUCAUCGGCAAGCUGAUAUACGCACCGCCUUGAUCGAACACUGUAAGAAGUCUUGGGCGGAUGUAGCAGAGUAUAUACAAAUGGGGACACAACUGUAA